AUGCCACUGCCACAGCUCGACAUCAGUGGGCAACUUGUGUUCGACCAGCUUCUCCACCUGGCAACCUUCAGCGACGACCCAAAUCCCGCCGUGACUCGCAUCCUAUUCACAGACCAGGACCUGAAUGCACGGGCCUAUGUGAAGCAGCUCAUGACCGAGGCAGGGCUGAUCGUCCGCGAGGACACCAUCGGCAACGUGUAUGGCGUGUUGGAGGGUUCUGACCCCACUGCCCCCGCCGUGGGCACCGGCAGCCACUGCGACGCCAUCCCCCUGGCGGGGGCUUUCGACGGAACUCUUGGCGUCAUCGGCGGCAUCGCCGCGCUGGGCGCGCUGCGUGACGUUGGCUUCCGACCCCGCGCCCCGCUGGAGGUGGUCAUGUUCACCUCCGAGGAGCCCACCCGCUUCGGCCUGAGCUGCAGCGGCAGCCGCGCCAUGGCCGGCGCGCUGGAAGGCGACUACCUGGCCACCCUGCGCGACGUCAACGGCAGCAGCUACCUGGAAGCCGCCCGCGGCGCGGGGUACGGCGCGGCCAGCCUGGACGCCAUGCUGGCCGGCGCGCGGCGCACGCGCGCCGACCUGGGCGCCUUCCUGGAGCUGCACAUCGAGCAGGGCCCUGCGCUGGAGGCGGAGGGGCUGCAGGUGGGCCUGGUCACCGCCAUCGCCGCGCCCGCCGCCCUGGCCGUGCGCUUCUCCGGCGACGGGGGCCACGCGGGGGCGCACCUUAUGCACCUGCGCAACGACGCCAGCCUGGCGGCCGCCGAGUUCGCGCUGGCGGUGGAGAGGAUAGUGCUGGCCACGGGGUCGGAGGACACAGUGGGGACGGUGGGGCGGUGGGAGGUCUCGCCCAACGCGGUCAACUCCGUGCCGCGUGAGGCGGCGCUGGAGGUGGACGUACGCGACGUCGACGCCGACCGGCGCGACGGGGUGGUGGCCGAGGUGCUGGCGGAGGCUGCGCGCAUCGCCGAGGCGCGGCGCGUGCGCCUCGAGACCCGCGUGGUCAGCCAGGACCCACCGGCCGCCAGCGGCGAGGCGCCGCUGGCGGCCCUGGCCGCGGCAGUGGAGCACCUGGGCCUGACCAGCAGACGCAUGGUGUCGCGCGCCUACCAUGACUCGCUCUUCAUGGCACAGAUCGCACCCACGGCCAUGGUCUUCAUCCCCUGCCGGCACGGCUACUCCCACCGCCCGGACGAGUACGCGUCACCCGAGGACAUCGAGAGGGGCGUGCAUGUGCUGGCACUCGCGCUGGCGCAGCUGGCCGGCGACGCCGGGGCGGAGCAUGUGGAGCUCUGA